AUGGCGGUAGUGGGCCCCUCAAGGCACUCACGUGUGUCAAUGUCGUCGCUGUUGCAAACGUCAGGACAUCAGGGCGCCAUCCUGGCAGCGGCACAGCCUUAUUACCAUCCUCAACAUACUCACCAGAGUCCAACAACACCAAACCAAGAUGUACAACCUGAUAGACCAAUCGGUUAUGGAGCUUUUGGAGUUGUGUGGGCCGUCACGGACCCGAGAGAUGGUCGUAGGGUUGCCUUAAAAAAACUACCAAACGUCUUCCAGUCUUUGGUAUCAUCGAAACGUGUUUUACGAGAAUUGAAAAUGUUGUGUUUUUUCAAACAUGAAAACGUCUUAUCUGCUUUAGACAUACUACAACCGCCACAUUUGGAUUUCUUUCAAGAAAUAUAUGUAAUAACAGAACUUCUUCAAAGCGAUCUCCAUAAGAUAAUUGUUUCACCGCAACACUUAUUUACGGACCACAUAAAAGUUUUCCUUUAUCAAAUAUUAAGAGGACUUAAAUAUCUUCAUUCGGCUAGGAUUUUGCAUAGGGAUAUCAAACCUGGAAAUCUGUUAGUUAACAGUAAUUGUAUAUUAAAAAUAUGCGAUUUUGGACUGGCUAGAGUCGAAGAACCUGAUCAAUCUCGAAAUAUGACUCAAGAAGUUGUCACGCAAUACUACAGAGCACCCGAAAUAUUAAUGGGUGCGAGACACUAUUCGGCGGCUGUUGACGUUUGGAGCGUCGGAUGCAUUUUCGGAGAAUUGUUGGGAAGAAGAGUUUUAUUUCAGGCUCAAAGUCCCGUGCAGCAGCUGGAAUUAAUUACCGAAUUGCUCGGUACACCCUCUCUCGGAGAUAUGAAAUAUGCUUGCGAAGGUGCCAGAACUCACAUGCUUAGAAGACCCGCAAAACUACCCUCUCUCUCCGUUUUGUACACACUUUCUCCACAAGCCACUCACACUGCGGUACACCUCCUGUGCCAAAUGUUGGUCUUCGAUCCCGAUAAAAGAAUAACCGUGGCCGAUGCUUUGGCUCAUCCUUACCUAGACGAGGGACGACUGAGAUAUCAUUCGUGCAUGUGUAAAUGUUGCUAUUCUUUGGCAAACGGAAAUAGAAGAUUCACGUUGCAAUUCGAACCGACGGCAUCUGACGUUUUCGAUGACGAAUGGGAGAGGCGGUUGACUUCCGUCAUGCAAGUAAAAGAGGAAAUGCAUACUUUUAUUGCGGAUCAUUUAAACACAUCGGGUCGCGUUCCUCUAUGCAUUAAUCCUCAAUCGGCUGCAUUUAAAAGCUUUGCCAGUUCUAACGUUGCUCAUCCGGCUGAAUUGCCGCCAUCUCCUCAUCAAUGGCACUGA